GUUUGUCCGUUUCCGUCGAUGUAAAACUAUUAUUUGAUCGCAGUUCUCAUCUCUAUGGUCACAACGACAGGUGCCGCUCCGCCUUCCACUGACGUCAUCAGCAGCUCGAGAGCCUAGAAUGCGGAAGGAUGCCUCACCCCACAGAGCUGUACGGGGAGACCCCCCCGACAUGUUGGCCGAUCGUCUAUUCCCCCAAUUAUAACAUCUCCUUUCUGGGGCUGGAGCGGCUGCACCCCUUCGACUCCGGGAAAUGGGGGAAGGUUAUUGGUUACCUGAGAGAGGAGAGGCUGGUCACAGAUGAGACGGUUGUAGCCGCUCGAGAGGCCUCGGAGGAGGAUUUAUUGGUCGUUCAUACAAAGCGCUACUUAAAUAAAUUAAAGUGGUCGUUCGUGGUAGCCACCAUAACAGAGAUCCCCCCUCUUGUCCUGCUCCCCAACUUUCUGGUACAGAGAAGAGUUCUGAGACCCCUGAGGAUGCAGACCGGGGGCAGUAUAAUGGCUGGAAAGCUCGCUCUAGACAGAGGAUGGGCCAUUAAUGUCGGUGGCGGCUUCCAUCACUGCUCGGGUGAGAAGGGGGGAGGAUUCUGCGCCUAUGCCGACAUCACGUUAAUGAUCAGGUUCUUAUUUGAUCGCGUUGAAGGCGUUUCCAAGGCGACCAUCAUAGACCUGGAUGCCCAUCAGGGUAACGGACACGAGCGGGACUUUCUGGACGAUAAGAGGGUGUAUAUUCUGGACGUUUACAAUCGGUACAUAUAUCCCGGGGAUGCUUAUGCUAAACGCGCCAUAAAGCGAAAGGUGGAGCUGGAGUGGGGAACGGAAGACGCGGAGUAUCUGGAGAAGGUUGACGUUCACGUGCGCGGAGCCCUUAAUGAAAUGAAGCCGGACGUCAUCGUAUAUAAUGCGGGAACCGAUAUCCUGGAUGGGGACCCGCUUGGGGGUCUCUCUAUUUCUCCUCAAGGUAUUAUAAAGAGGGAUGAGAUCGUUUUCACGAUUGCCAGGAACCGCGGCAUUCCUAUCGUUAUGGUCACGUCCGGCGGUUACCAGAAAAGAACGGCGCGGAUCAUUGCGGAUUCCAUCAUUAAUCUGCACAACCUCGGCCUUAUCGACAAAGCCCAUGAUCCCAGCGUUAUGGCAAUAAAUUCGGGCUGAUCCUGGAAAUAACUAUUUAAUAAUCUGUUUUUGUUUUAAAAACUUGAAUUUGUGUAUUUUAUGAAAAUACUGUGUAUUUGAAAAUGAAUGCUAAUGAAUUGCUGCGGAUGGUAGCGGGGCUUUAUGAUUCCAUUUUAAAGGACAGACCCUCCGAUCUGCCCCAUAUAUCGCCAGACAUAGAGAGGUUUCAUUCGUUAUUUGUGAUGCCCGGUGUUCUAAAUAAAUAUUUCUCUUAAAGCCAGAGAUCUGCUGCCCUGGCGAGUGCGAGAACCGGAUCCGAUGGCUGAUCCCCGGUACGAUCCGCGGGGAAAGAUGAAGUCAUUGUGACAUCCGGGGAUUUCUAAGGGCAGCUAAAAUAAAAUAUAACCUCAUUAACCUGCUGCCGGCCGGCCACGCACACUUCCACGGGCUGUCAAUGUGAAAUCUGUCCUGUUUAAAUGAACAAACGAAAAUAAAAUCAAAUACUGUAAUAAUUUAUUGUUUAAUCCACAAAGAA